AUGCAAAUUUCUGAGCUGAUCAAACUGGCCAAGAGCAAUAGCAGCAGCAGCAGCCUACGCAUCGGCAGCGGCUCAAGAAUUAUUAUUAAAUUCGAUAUAAAUAAUAUUCGCAACCGCUGUGUGCCCCCCUCCCCGCACUCCCCUCCGCUGGACAGUCUGCUGAUUAAUAAAAGACGGCUGCCGUGGCAGAAGUUCCGAGAUGGCCCGCGGUGCUUAAAAAUUCUGAGGCAUCUGUCAAGCCGAGCGAAGGUGAAGGUUUCGCAGAGGCAAAGGCACAGUCGCAGCAGGACUUGGUCUGGAGAUCUCGGGGAUCUGGGGGAUCUGGGCAACUGGGCAUCCAUGGCUCUGGGGAUCGCGAACCCAGCACAAACGUUUCGGGGGAACGCUUUGCAUACCGAGGACAUGGACAUGGUCUUCGACAUGGACAAUCGAGUGGACUCCAAGCCCUUUCCACUGCCCCCCCUGUCCCCCUAUCCCCAGAACUAG